GCUCUCGACCGUCUUCCGAGUCCGCACUCGUCGCUCGCAACGGUACUCGGUACACACUACACUAUGGGCGCGGUUCAGAGUGAAAAUGCAAACCUGAACAAAUGUGAGCUUGUGAUGAAGAUUAAAUCGCGGCUGAACACCUUCGACCCCACCAAGGCUAAGGAAGUGGGUGGAGUGUUUCUAUUCAAUAUCAUCAAGGGCACAUCUGUUUAUAGCUGGACAUUAGACCUUAACCAGGUGACAGCAUACGAAGGUGAGCCAGAAGUAGACCCGGACACAACUUUCACCUUGAACGAACACUACUUCAAGCAGCUGGUAACGGGAAAAGAGGAUGCAAGAGUCAUCAUGCAGGCCGGUAGAUGCUCCGUCACAGGGGACAUCAUGCGCGCUAUGAAACUUGAACCUUAUAUUAAGUUAGGUUAGAAUUGAAUUGCAUUGAUAUAGUUUGUCUAAAUAAGAUAGAUUAG